AUCCUAUGGUAUAUUCACACUGAUCAAGUAUCAUAUAAGAAAACAAAAGAAACAAAAAGGAAACUGGAAUAAUUCAUACAGUACAAUUCUAUGAAUGAUAUUGUUCAUUGUAAUUUAUUUACACACUAAUCAAUGAACACAGUACUAACCAUUUGUGGAUUGUUUCAUUAUUAGACAUCAGUGAAGAUGAAGACUUCACUUAUAUAGUUCUGUCUUUUGCUUUUUUUAAAUAUUUUUUUUCCUUUUUUUUCGGUGGAAAGAUUUUGUUGAAGGAAAGAUUUCAGGUUAUUAUCCUUGUCAUCUAUUACCCCCCCCCACGCAUUUCCAGUUUAGUUGACUUUUUAUUUUUAUGUAUAUGUGAUCAGAUUGUUCGAAAUGUAUUGCACUAAUAUUGCACUAUCACAUAGUUCUGAUAAUCUUCGUCUUCUUAUUACACUAUUGAAAUUUAUAUAGUUCUGUUUUCCUUUUUUUGGAAGGGGGAAACAUUUCGUUAAAGGGGAGAUUUCAGAUUAUAAUAAAUCAUUUCUCCUUUCUAAUAAUAACGAUUCAUAUUUCGUCCUUUUAUGGGACACCUCAGUAACACCUCAAUAUUCCUAUUAUAAAUAAACAUAACACAAUUAAACAUAUACAAUUUGUAUCUGUAAAAUGUUUAUCUCGAUGAUGAAGCAUUUUGGUCAUUCAAAUAUACAUUUAAUUAUAAAUUAUAAUGUCAUCAAAAUUCAAAAAAGAUUCCUACAAUUUAAAACAUCCACCUUUUACACCACCACAACCACCGUCAUUACCAUCAUCUUCACCAUCAUCUUUAUUAAAUAAACAAAAUAAAAAAAUGAUUAAACGUUCAGUGACAUUUGAACAAAGUAUCAAUUCAAAAUCAUUAUUGCCUUCUACCUCUUCUACUUCUCCUUCUCCUUCACCUUCUUCUUCUACUUCUUCUCCGUCGUCUUCAUCUCCAACAUCAUCAUAUUGUACAAAUCUAUGUUAUAAACAAAAAAACUCUUAUACAUUUUCAUAUUUAUUACGUAUUAAUCCUCCAAUAUUACCCGGUGAUAUUUUAAAUUAUAUAGAAUUGAAUAAAUCUACUUCAACUAUAUCUACAUCUAUUAUGUCAAGAUCAAAUGUCAAUAUAAAUUCAAAUGGAAAAGUCAAGGUCAUUGUCUGCAUUAAUCAAGACUGUAAUCAUAGUAAUCAUCACCACAACAAUCGAGGUUUAGCAAUAACAGCCACAACAGCAUUGAAAACAGUCGGGAAUUUAUUAUCACCAAAUAGUCCUUUAAAUACUAUACAUUUAAAAAUGGACAGAAGUACUUCUGAUUUUCCACCAAUUUCAUCUUCAUCGAGUUGUAUUCAAAUUGAUGAGAAUAAAAGAAUUAUUACAUUGUUAGAUCCUACACCAUCACGUCGUCGACGAGGAGUUGGUGGUGCUGUAAGAAAUUAUAAAUUUGAUAAUAUCGUAACACAGGAUACAUUGAAGCAAGAAUUUUGUUCUACGGUUCUCAUUGAUGCUUUAACUGCUGUGUUAAAAGGAAAAGAUAGUUGUAUACUAACUAUUGGACAUAAAGCUACUGGUAAAACACACUCAAUGAUUGGUUAUGAUUAUUCACCAAUGGAAUGUGGUAUUAUACCAUGUGGAAUAAGUUGGUUAUAUCAAUUAUUAAAUUAUCAAAAACAACGAUAUAAUACAAGAUUUUCUAUAAGAAUAUCAGCUGUAGAAAUUACUGGAUUAAAUGAAGAAUUUCGUGAUUUAUUAGCAAAUACAAAGGCAUCAUAUGAUGAAGAAUAUUCUGAUAAAUCACCAAGUCAUUAUUUACAAACUACAAAUAGAUCAAUACAACAGAAGAAUUCAACUUCAUCAUCAUCAUCAUCAUUAUCAUCAUCAAUGAAUAAAACUAGUCUGGGAACAAAUUAUGAAAAGAUACAAACAAUUUCUGCUCAAAUGAUUGACAAAUUGUCACAUGUAUGUGAAUUACGUGCAUCUACAGCUGAAAAAGCAGCUUAUCUACUUGAUACAGCAUUAUCAAAUCGUACAAUACAUAAUUGUAAUAAUUUAUCCGGUUUAUCACAUAUGUUAUUUACAUUACAUUUAUAUCAAUGUAAAUUGGAGAAUAACAGUAAUGAAAUGAGUAUUUCCGGUGGUAGAACAAAAUUUCAUUUCCUUGAUUUGGGUUGUGGAAGAUAUGGACAACAUUCAAUUCAUGUAAACAACAAAUAUGUUGAAGUAGAAAAUAAUUCAAAUCCCAAUGAUCGUUCAACAUUCAAUAAAAAUGAAACUAAUAUCGAUACGACUGAUUUCCAUUCUCCUAUGUCCAUUGAUAGUAAUAAUGUCUUGGAAGAUUCAAUAUCCAACUGUACAACUACCCUUAGUCAAGAAUCAAGGAAUGUUGGACAUAGAACACUAUCAAAAGCUCUUUCAUUAUCUGGUAUUGGUAGUGUUUUAUUAGCUUUAUUAACUGGUCGACGACAAUUACCAUAUUAUGAUUCUUCACUUACUUAUUUAUUACGUGAAGCAAUAACUGGUAAUCAAAUUCAACCAUGUAUCUUAGCUCAUAUAUCUGAAAAUGUACAAUACUAUACAGAAACAUUACAGGUUAUUCAACUUGCUACAGAAAUUAAUCGACUUAGACGUCGCAAAAUUAUGAUCAAUCAUAUUGGUACAAUAACUAAAAAUCGUGAAUUAUCAUUACCAUUAACAUUGAAUACUAGUAAAAGUCAUGAAGAAAUUGGUUCAUCAACAUCAAAUGAUACAGAUAAUGAUUUAUUUCAUAGAAAUCAAUCAAAAUAUUUACAUAGACGACCAAGACUUGGUCGUUUAUCCUAUGCUAGAUCAUUAGGUUCAUGUAGUUCUGAAUUAGAUUGUACAUCAAGUGGUGAACAAUCAUGUGAUACAGUAAUUUAUGUUGGUAAUAAUAAAUUAUUAGCACAAAAUGAACGUCGUUUAAGUGAUAGUCGUAUUACAUCAUCUUCUAUAAAAAAUCUAGGUCCAAGAGGAUUAGCUGAUGGAAGUAUAGAUAUCAUAGAUAAAACUCAUAGUUGUAAAGGAUCAUCAGAAUUAAUAACUAUGAAUAAUGAAACAAUUAAACAACAUUCAAUGAAUCAGAAUCAACAUACUACUCAUAUGAAUGAAUUAUCAAAUAUAAACAACUGUAUAACAAUUAAACGAAUGAUUCCUAGAACAAAUGCAACUGUAUGGCCUAGUAUUAUGAAUAAAACAAAAUCUAGAAAAUUUCUACAAUCCUUAACAACAACAACAACAUCAUCGCCAUCAUCAUCAUCUUCAAUGAAACUAUCAGAGACAAUAAUGAAUAUUGGUGAAGAAACUUGGAUUGACGGUCCAAAUGUAUCAUUAUCAUCAUUAGUUAAACAAACAAAUGAUAGUGUAAAUGUGUCAAAUUGUAAAGAUAAUCUAUCUAUGAAUGAUUCUUCUAAAGUAUUAUUUGCUUCAAAUGGAUCAUUGUCUUUAACGCAAUCACCGUUGUCGCCGACGCUGCCGCCGCCACCACCGCCACCAUCCUAUCAUAAUGUUGUACAUAAUUUGAUUAAAGAUCAUAUUCAAACAUCAUUUGUAUCAAAUACAGAAGAAUCAUGUGAACAAAUGAACGAGGAACCAAUUAUAAAUUCAAUUGAAGCACAAAAUGUACACAGUACAUCUAUGAACAAAUCAAUUCAACAUUUUAAUAAUAUUACUCAUACUACUGAAAAUAAUUUCAGUAGUAAUUCAAUGAAUAGUUCAUUUUCUACAAUAGAAAAUAAUCCUACUGAUAAUAUACCAAGAGCAUUAUCUGAUAUAUCUGAAUGUACUGAAGAUGCUGAAACAAUACAUGAAUCGAAUUCUAUAAAACAAUCCAUUAUAAAUUUAUCAUUAAAAGAUGAAUUAUCAACGGAUUUAUUAACAACAAAAUUAUUAACAUUUGAUAAUUUAUGUACAAGUUGUCAAAUACCAAUAAGUAGUAUGUUGAAUGAAAAACAAAAUCAUAAUAUUUCUAAUCCUUCUACCAUGACGAAUACUACUACUACUACUGAUAAUAAUAAUACUAGACCUACGGAAGUAUUACUUGAUAUUGGAAGACAAAUCCGUGAAGCAUCAAAGUGUAAUAAUUACACAAUUCCAACAUCGUAUGUAACAACUGUUAAUGUACCUCAGUAUUUAAAUCAUUUAAAUGAAGAUGAAGAAUUAAUAUUAAAUUUGAAUGGUACUAAAUCAUCAUUUAUUAAUCAAUUAAAACAACCUAUUACUAUGCAUGAUAUGAUUGUUACAUCAAAUUCAAGGAAUCAAAUUACCUUAUCACCAAGUAUGAACUUUACAGAGAAUAAUGAAAUCAAUAAUAAAACCAUUUCACAAUCCCCUAUUAUUCCUUUUAAUACAUCAAUCAAUGAUCAAUGUCACCAUCAAUCUAAUCAACAAGAUCAUUAUAAUUAUAAUCAAAUGAAAGAUCAAUAUUCAAUAAGAUCAAAAUUGAAUACCCCUAUAAUUGAUAAGAAAUUAACAAAUAGCUCAUUACAUAAUAAUAAUAAUAAUAAUAAUAAUAAUAAUAUUAGUAAUCAUAAUGUUACUACUAAUAUUACUAAUACUACACUUAAUAAUUCUUUAAAUCGUGUUGCUGAAUGGGUUAGUUCAAUCAGUACACCAUAUUUAUGUCAAUCAAUGAAUCUGGAUGAUACAAUCAUUUGUUCAUUAUGUAAUACUUGUUAUAUAAACAAUAGUAUUAGUGCUAAUGAUACUACUAUCAAUACUACUACUACUACUACUACUACUACUACUACUCAUAAUAAUAAUGGUACUACACAUUCUAUUCAUUCAAUCACACCAUCAACAUUUAAUGAUUCUGCAAUUGGUUCAUCAAAAUAUACAAAACAAAAUAAUUCAUUCAUAAAUUCAAUUUAUAUAUCAAAAGCAAAUGAAGUAUUUAAUAAUAAACAAGGAGUUUCAUUGUAUAGUUCAUCAUUAUCAGUACCUCCUCCAUCACUUUUAUCAAGUAGCAAUGAUACAAAUAUACCAUUCUAUUCAUCUCAUUUUAUGAAAUCUGAUCAUCUUUGUAAAAUUCCUCAAUCUCAUUCUACUCCAAUCUUUUUAUCAACAAAAGAAACAAAACUACAGAAUUUACAAUCUUCAUAUAAUAGUUAUUAUCAAUCAUUAUUGCCUGUAUCAGAUAACUUGUUAGAUGAUUAUAAAUAUAAUCCAAAUUAUAAUGUAGGCAAUCAGUUAAAUGAUCAGUUGGUUAAUCAUGAACAAAUAAGCCAAGAUCAAAUGACCAAUUUAAAUUUGUUUCGUAAUCAUAAUAAUAAUAAUAAUUAUUAUUAUCAUCAUCAUCCUUACCAUCAUCAUCACCACCAUCAUGAUCAGCAACAACAGCAGCAGCAGCAUCAACAUCAUAAUUAUCAUCCUCGAACAUAUGAAAACGGAAGUAAUAAUAAUAAUAAUAAUAAUAAUAAUAAUAAUAAUAAUAAUAAUAAUAAUAAUAAUAAUGGUCAUAAUAUACCACGCAUAUGUACAUCAAAACAUACACAUUUUACAGAAUUGUAUCAACAAUUAAUCAAUCUUGAUCAACAACAGAAACAAGAACAAGAACACACAUCCAUUCAUCCUCAUCUUCAUCCUCCUCAUCCUUAUCAACCUGAUAUUUGUGAUAAAAUUAUUACUAAUAUGACUACUUCUACCACUACUACUAAUACUACUAUAAAUCAAUUCAGUAGUUCAAUAAAUUAUUCUAAUCAUAAUAAUAAUGAAGAAAAAACUAAAAUGAAAUUAUCAUUUAAAUUUUUAACUUUACCAUUAUUUCGUAGUUUUCGUUUAUGUAAAAAAGGGAAAAAAGAAAAUUCUUAUAAAAUUCAACAUGAAACUAAUAAAAUGAUUAUGAAUACUACUAAUAAUACUAUUAAUAAUAAUAAUGGGAUACCUAAAACUGAACCAAUCAAAUUAACUUCUUUCAAUUAUUCAAAUUGUCAAAAAUCAAAUCAAUUAUCAUCUAAUAUAUGUGAUCAUUAUCAUCAUCACCAUCCACAUCAUUCUCUUCCUCUUUCUCCUCUUUCUCCUCUUUCUCCACCUCCACCUCCACAUCCUCCUCAUUCUCCUUCUCCCCCUCCUCCUCCUCCUAUUCAUACAAUAAAUCUUCCUACAAAUUUAUUUGUUAAUGAUAAUAAUAAUAAUAAUAAUAAUAAUAAUCCUUUAACUACUAUGGUAACUAAAAAUUCUAUCAAUCAAUGUAAUCAAAAAUCUUAUUUAUUUAAUCAAUUUAAUAAUCAAUAUUCAAUCAAUAAUAAUUUAAUAUCUAAUUCUAAUCAACAACCAUAUAAAUCGAUACAAAAUCAAUAUAACUUAUGUCAUACAAAAAAUAAUGAAUUCAAUCAAUGUAAAAAUGAUAAUCAUCAUUUAAAUUUAUUAAAUCAUUCAUCAUCUAUGGGAUUCAAUGGAAUCAGUGGAAAAUUGUCUUCAUCAGUAUGUCGAUCCUCUUGUCGAAGUGGUGGUGGUUGUGCCCUUGGCGGAGGCAGUGGGGGAGGUGGACCAUCGAGUAGUGGUUAUGAAAGUAUGCAUACCGGUGCCAGUGAAUUGUCUUUAUCUCAUCAAGAUUCUGCAAGUGAUUGUUCUGGACAUGCUAAAGAAGUUCUUACCAGGCGUCCAUCCUUGGAUAAAUAUCGUCGAAGAUGUAAUAGUCAACAUCAUCAUCGUCGUCAUCAUCAUCAUUCUAAGAAUCUCUACCAACAGCAAUACCAAGAUGAACAUCAUCUACAAUAUUUAACUACAACCAGUCGAAUACUUCAGUCAAAUGAUAUUAAAAAUAAAUAACAAUCUUGUUUCUUAUGUAUCCUGAUAUUCUACAUCUCUGAUUAUCCCCUAUUUAUUCAUAUUUUACCAUUCAUCAACUUCUAUCCCAUUCAAUUACCACUGUCUUCAUACAUUCAACAUAUGUAUGCAAUAGAGAUAAUAACAAUAGACAUUCAAAUUUAAUAAGAUUCUUGUUGGAAAAAUUUCAAUCUUAAUUGACUUUUUUUGUUUGUUUCUAUGGUAUUUUUAAACGUUUCUUUUUUCUUUCUGUUUUUAUUUAUUUGUAAACUUGUUUUGUAUCUGUCAAAUAAAAAAAAAACAUAUACAGUUUUAAACAAACAUGGAUACAUUUAUGAAGAUCAAUAAUAUUGAUUGAUGAUACUGGAUGAUCAUGGUGGAGGUGACGGUAACGGUGACAACAGAUUAAAAAGAAGUAUGGAAAUACGAAAAGAUUUUUUAAAUCAGUUAAAUACCAUGUUUAUUUGUACAAAAAAGACCUUGGAUAUUACACAAAGUAAUAAGAACUUGAUUAGAUGUAAUGAAAUCGUCUAUUUACAUAUGCGUAUAUAUGUGUGUGUGUGUGUGGGGGGGUUAACUUCAGCGUUUUCUUUUUUUAUUAUUUUAAUUAUUUGACCAAAAAAAAAUACAAAAAAAAAAACUAUUUCUUGCAUUUUAUAUUGUAUAAUAUACUAUUGAUAACAAUCCGUUGACAGGAAUGGACUUUGUAAAUUAAGUUAUUGUUUUUCAUUGCAUUUUAAAAUUCUUUCUGUUAAAAAAAAAUUGAUAGGUGUCUUGUUUUUUAUAUCAAGAGAAUAAUUAAAAUAAUACUAAACGGAA